AUAUGCAGAGCCUUGAGACAUUGCUGAGGGAUGCAAUAAUAUAUGGCCAGCCCCGAACCCGCAGAGCAUGGAGAAAAAUUAUCAUCCUCGUGGAGGGCAUUUACAGCAUGGAAGGCUCCAUCGUGCGCCUGCCGGAGCUGGUCUCCUUGAAGAAGAAAUACAAAGCCUACCUCUACCUGGACGAGGCUCACAGCAUCGGAGCAGUGGGAGCCACGGGCCGAGGAGUUGUGGAGUACUUUGGGAUGAGCCCUGAUGACGUUGAUGUGUUAAUGGGAACGUUCACAAAGAGCUUCGGUGCCGCUGGAGGAUACAUAGCUGGCAAAAAGGACCUUGUGGACUUUUUACGAACUCAUUCUCACAGUGCUGUGUACGCCACGUCUAUGUGCCCGCCCGUAGCAGAGCAAAUCAUCAGGGCAAUGAAAUGUCUCAUGGGGCUCGACGGGACGACGCAAGGGCUCCAAAGGGUGCGCCAGCUCGGGAAAAACACAAGAUACUUCAGACGAAGACUGCAUGAAAUGGGCUUCAUUAUUUAUGGCAAUGAUGACUCUCCUGUUGUCCCCUUACUCCUUUAUAUGCCUGGUAAGAUAGGAGCUUUUGCAAGACGCAUGUUAGAAAAGAAUAUCGGGGUGGUUGUGGUUGGGUUUCCAGCUACUCCCAUCACAGAAUCCAGGGCUCGGUUUUGUGUGUCAGCGGCACAUACACGGGAGAUGUUAGACACGGUUUUGAAUGCUCUGGAUGAAUUGGGUGAUUUUCUACAUCUGAAAUAUUCCCGGUAUUCCAAGUCAUCUCAUCCUGAACUGUAUGAAGAAUCUAGGCUUGAACUUGAAGACUAAGUUUUCCACCCAUGAAGAGAACAUUAUGAUGCUAUGAAAGGGAGGAAAACCUGAAAACUAACCAAUACAAAUGCAUUUCUUCCCUUCUAAGGACAAUUUUUGUUUCUCAGUUAAUUGAAAAGAGGGGAAGCUCAGGCGUUGCAUUUUAUUGUAUCAAAUUUCUGUAUCCCAGAGACUGAAAUAUUGGUACAGAUUGGCCUCCCCAGACGAUCUGUCCUUCGCACAGUACUUUUGAUGCAGAACGAGUGCAUCCAUUGGUCGAGUUGCUAACCUACAGCUUUUGUUAUGGCCCCUUUUUGUGAAGAGGCUUCAGAUAGUCUUAAUUGUGACUGAAAUAAUAAAGUUUAAAAA